UUACUGACAUCAGCCCUUUUAAUCCUGGCAACAGCUCCAUUACGUAGGCACUAACACGCUGCCAACUUUACAGACAAGAAAGCUGGCAGGAAGGGUGAAGCCCAGGGUCUCCCUGUAGGCACCGUGUGAAAGGGGAUUCGCCCGGGCAGCCUGGGUCCAGAGCCUGCCCUCCCCUCCACCACCCCAUCCUGUGCUCUGCACCCCAUCCCGUCUCUUUGCCUGCCUCUGGACUCAUACAGGGAAGGCGUCAUUUAUUUUCCACCCGCUCGGAACCUCGCACGAUGCCUGGCACGCAAGAGAUGCCUCGGAGUUCCUUGCUGAUGAAAUGAAUGAACUUCUGCUAGGCAGAGAAAGCCGGGCAAGCCCUGGCAGCAGGUGGCUCCUGGAGGCGGAACGUCCACUUUCCUCCGCGGGCACCGCGCUGCCGGGCCCAUCCCGGCCACAGCCGCCACCCGGCCGGGCCCUCGGCUCCGCUUCUGCUCCGGAUCUGCGCGAAGUGGGAAAGGCCGCGCCGGCAGCGCCCUGAACAAACCAGAAAAACAGCCCUCCUCUGCUCCGCUCGCGAGCCCACAGUAGGCGCGGCGGCUCUACCCCGCAGGGGCCUGGGGCGCCUCCCCAGCGCCAGCGGCGCCCCGCCCCGCCCGCCGCCCGAGGUCGGCGGCGCCGCGCCCGCGGGGGGCGGAGAGCGAGCCGCGCGGGAGUCCCCUCUGCACUCUGCACCCUUGCGUGUGUCCGCCCUGCUGCCCGCGGGCCGCUCAGCGCUCCUCUCUGCCUGUCCAUGGAAGGAGCCAGAGCCCCGUCGCCGCGGGAAGACCUGGAGCUCCUGGCGCUCGGAGGAGGGCAGCCCGACGAGCAGAAGCCUCUCAAUGGAACCGUCCAGGUCAUCCCUCUUUCGGUGGAGGAGCCCUGCCCAGCCCAGGAGAAGGAGGAGAACCCUUGGAGUUCCUGUAAUAAGAAAUUGAUUGGAGAGUGCAAACUGUGGAUGGUCAUCGCCUCUGUUUUCCUAGGUCUCAUUAUAGUCAUCAUCAUAAGCUUAUGUCUUAUUGGAGUAACUUACAUUGAUGAAGAUGAAAAUGAAAUACUUGAGUUAUCAUCGAAUAAAACCUUCUUGGUCGUGCUCAAGAUUCCGGAGGAGUGCGCUGCUGAGGAAGAAUGGCCUCACCUGCUCAUGGAGAGGCUGACCCAUGUGUAUGCGUCAUCCCCAUCGCUGAGCCAUUGUUUUACUUCAGUGGAAAUGACGGACUUCAGCGGUGAAAAUGCCACGGUAGCCUUCCACCUGCAAUUUGGGGUUCCUUCGGAAGAUGACGAUUUUAUGAAGUACAGGAUGAAUAAGGAGUUGGUGCGGGGCGUUUUACUACAGAAUCUGCAUGAUCAGGGAGUGUCUGGCUGUGAGACUUUGGGACUGGACCCAGCAUCCCUCUUGCUCUAUGAAUGAAGGGAGGAUGUUGGUGUGUGUCCAAAGGCAGUGCUCCACUGAGUUUGGGGAAGAGAGAAUUUACAUUGUUUUCCAGAGAAGAUCCUGAAAAUUACCACAGAAGGCCUGGCAAUGCCUGGAGGGGUGGAGACCAUCCUUUUUCUCCUGACUCUGCAUUUCUGAAGUCUGGACUCUGUGAGCUCCAGCUCUGUGAGCUCCCCUCGCGGGGUCUAGUCUUGGCAAAGACAGGAAGCCUGUUUGGUUGGGGGUGACGGGGAAGGUGGGUGGGCCUUGCAGUGCGGGAUCACUGCCAGUUGCCUCCACCCACAGGUGCAUACUUUCUCUUUAGGGCGAAGGUGACCUUUCAGGCAGGAUCCCCCAACCCGUGCUGGUGGAAAGAGUGGGCAGGCAGGAGGUGAGGGACAACUGAGCCAAUCUCUCGAUGAAGGCCUCCUCCCACUCCCAUUGUGGUAUUUGAUCUACCUCUGAGCAAGACUGUGAGAAAGGCACUUUACCCAACAAAGCAGCAAAGUUCUGUGUCUAAUUCCAUAAACUGGAGCUGCCUCUCUUAGCAAACCAGCCUCAGGCACAUCAUCCAAUAUUACUGUGUCACAUGUGGCUACAGAAAUAUGGUGUGUGUUUCUUACUUCUCAUCACCUCAUUGCUCUGGUGACUCUUGAACACUGCCUUUGGAAACAUGGGUCCCUGUGUGUUUUGAGUUUUGGACACACUGCUGUCCUUGGGGAUGGUUUGACCUUUAAGAGUUUCUAGACUUCAUCAGAGGAUUGUUAAGGCUGCUAACCAUGUGCACGCUGGUGCCUGGCUUUUUCUUGUCUCAUGUGACUAGCCUUCUUCUAAAACUCAGUGUCUUCAGGCAUUGGAU